UUCUAUCCAUCGUUUCCCCUAUUUAUUUACCAACGGCACAGCAAAGUUAGUUAACCAUAUCUUCUACAGCUGAGCUCUAGGGCAACAUAAAAAAUGGAGGUUACAGGCAUGAGUCCAUUCACAGUCUGGCCGCUCUUCUUUCUAAUAAUUCAACUCUCCUUUUCUUUCUCCUUAGCUCAAGGAAAUGAGACAGAUAUAUUCUCCCUCCUAGCCUUAAAGCAUCAGAUUACUGAUGACCCCUUAGGUAAACUGAGCUCAUGGAAUGAAUCCACACACUUCUGUGAGUGGUCUGGUGUUACAUGUGGAAAGAAGCAUCAGAGAGUUGUACAGCUUGACCUACAGUCUUGCAAGCUCUCGGGCAGCUUAUCUCCUCACGUCGGCAACAUGAGUUUCCUCAGGACAUUGAACUUGGAAAACAACAGCUUCGGCCAGAAUAUCCCUCAGGAACUGGGUAGUUUGUUUCGGCUACAGGCUUUGGUCCUCACAAACAAUUCGUUCAGUGGUGAAAUCCCUGCCAACAUCUCGCGUUGCUCAAAUCUCUUGAGCCUUGAAUUAGAAGGCAACAAUCUUACUGGCAAACUUCCUGCAGAAUUUGGAUCAUUAUCAAAGCUGAAGGCAUUUUAUUUCCCAAGGAACAAUCUCUUUGGUGAGAUUCCACCUGCUUAUGGAAAUCUUUCACACAUCGAGGAAAUUCCGGGAGGACAGAAUAAUUUGCAAGGAGACAUUCCAAAGAGUAUCGGGAAAUUGAAAAGAUUGAAGCACUUCUCUUUUGGCACAAAUAACCUGAGCGGUACAAUCCCUACCUCCAUAUACAAUCUUUCAUCCCUUACUCAUUUCUCUGUGCCAGCAAACCAACUUCAUGGGAGUCUUCCUCGUGACUUAGGCCUAACUCUUCCAAACCUUGAAAUCUUUAGAAUUCACACCUGCCAAUCCAGUGGACUGAUUCCAGUAACAAUCUCCAAUGUUUCUAAUCUUUCUCUUCUUGAUCUUGGACUCAACAGCUUUACUGGGCAAGUGCCUACUUUAGCAGGGCUUCAUAAUCUACGGUUGCUGGCACUUGAUUUCAAUGAUCUCGGAAAUGGUGAGAAUAACGAUCUAAACUUUCUCUAUCCCCUGGCAAACAACACCAGUUUGGAAAUGAUCGGUUUGAAUUAUAACUAUUUAGGAGGUGCGCUGCCGGAAAUAGUUAGCAACUUUUCAUCAAAGCUUAGAUUCAUGACAUUCGGAAACAACCAAAUAAGCGGAAGCAUUCCAAAUGAGAUCGGAAAUCUAAUAAGCCUGCGGGGUUUCGGUUUUGAGUCGAACAAACUGACUGGCAUCAUACCAACUUCUAUUGGUAAGUUACAAAAUUUAGGUGCUCUGGCUCUUAGCGGAAAUAAAAUUGCUGGGAAUAUACCAUCUUCCCUUGGCAAUAGUACCGCAUUGGUCUUGCUUUAUUUAGACAAAAAUAAUUUGCAAGGAAGCAUCCCGUCAAGUCUAGGAAAUUGCCGGGAUUUGUUGUCAUUGGAUCUCUCUCAAAACAAUUUUAGCGGUCCCAUACCACCAGAAGUAAUUGGUAUACCUUCCUUGUCAGUGAGUUUAGACCUAUCUCAAAAUCAGUUGAUAGGCCCCCUUCCCUCCGAAGUUGGUAUGUUGGUAAACCUAGGAUAUCUUGAUGUUUCACAUAAUAGUUUAUCAGGUGAGAUUCCAGGAAGUCUUGGAAGCUGCGUUGUGUUGGAAAAUUUGCUUUUGGAGGGGAACUUAUUCAAAGGUUCUAUUCCAAAGUCCAUGAGUUCUUUGAGAGCACUUAAAUAUCUUAAUAUCUCUUACAACAACUUGACAGGCCAGAUUCCGAGGUUUUUGGCAGACUUCAGGUUCUUGCAACACUUGGAUCUGUCAUUUAAUCACCUUGAAGGUGAGAUGCCUACACAAGGAAUUUUCGGGAAUGCAAGUGCAGUCUCAGUUUUGGGAAACAAUAAGCUUUGUGGAGGAAUAUCUCUGUUCAAUUUAUCCAGAUGCAUGUUGAAGGAGUCAAAAAAGCCGAAAACUUCUACCAAGCUGAUGUUGUUAAUUGCAAUUCCGUGUGGUUUUCUAGGAGUAUUUUGUGUGAUCGCUUGUCUACUUGUCUGUUGCUUUCGGAAAACAGUAGAUAAGUCUGCUUCUGAAGCUUCUUGGGAUAUCUCAUUGCGGAGAAUCACAUAUGGAGAACUCUUUCAAGCAACUGAUAGGUUCUCCUCAUCCAAUAUAAUUGGUGCAGGCAGUUUUGGGUCUGUGUACAGAGGAAUUCUUGCAUCAGAUGGAGCAGUUGUUGCGGUCAAAGUAUUCAACUUGCCAUGUAAAGGAGCUUCCAAAAGCUUUAUGACAGAAUGUGCAGCCUUGAUAAACAUCAAGCACCGGAACCUCGUCAAAGUCCUCGGCGUAUGUGCUGGUGUUGAUUUUGAAGGUAAUGAUUUUAAGGCUCUUGUUUAUGAGUUUAUGGUCAAUGGGAGUCUAGAAGAGUGGUUGCAUCCAGUUCAUGUAUCAAACGAGGCAUGCGAGGCAAGAAAUUUGAACCUUAUUCAGAGGUUAAGCAUUUCAAUUGAUGUGGCUGCUGCGCUCGACUAUUUGCAUCAUGGUUGCCAAGUGCCUGUUGUCCAUUGUGAUCUGAAGCCUAGCAAUGUUCUUCUUGAUGGUGAUAUGAUCUCUCAUGUUGGUGAUUUUGGACUAGCAAGGUUCAGUCCAGAAGCCUCCCAUCAAUCAUCUUCAAACCAGAGUAGCUCUGUUGGUAUAAAAGGAACCAUUGGCUACGCAGCGCCAGAGUAUGGUAUGGAGCGCAAGGUGUCAACUUACGGGGAUGUGUACGGCUAUGGCAUCCUAUUAUUGGAGAUGUUCACGGGAAAGAGACCAACACAUGGCAUGUUUAACGACGAGCUGAACCUUCACACUUACGCUGCAAUGUCAUUGCCUGACCGUGUAGUUGAUGUUGUGGAUUCCAUACUUCUGAGAGAAGUUGAGGAAACAAGUUCUGAUGCCCCUCGUAGGAAGCAAGAUGUUAGAGCUCACAAGAAUUUUCAAUGUUUGACUUCAAUAAUCAACGUAGGACUGGCUUGUUCUGCAGACCUCCCGAAAGAGAGGAUGGCCAUGAGCACUGUUGUGGCUGAAUUGCAUCGAAUCAGGGACAUUUUCCUAGGCGGUAGAAGGCAUAAACACCACGAAAUCGUUGUCUUACCAGAAGGUACAGUUGAUACGUUAUGCUAAUCUAUAUUCAGACCAAGACUAUUAUAGUAACGAUAUCCGUUAUGCACUAUUUAGGUGCCUGAGGCAAUCAAAAGGGCGAACAAAAGCUGCCAUUCAAAAGGGAGUAGUGGUGCCCGUAUCUUCACAUUUGCGGUCAUGUAGACUGACAUUGAAAAUGCAUAUUGUUUAUCCGUAGUCUAUAGAAUACAUACUUUGUAAAAUCUCUGUGUUUGCUCAAGGACUUGCUUAUAAGUAGUAAAAGAGAGAACUUGUAAUAUAAUUGUUAUAAAUAAACAUGAACCCGAUAAUUCACCCGCGUUA